AUGGCGGUGAAUAGGAUCAAAGGGGCCUUCGCGCCACCCAAGAAGGGAGAAACAUAUGAGUUGAGAGCGGGUUUGGUAUCUCAAUAUGCCUACGAGCGCAAAGAAGCAAUUCAGAAGACCAUCAUGUCCAUGACCUUGGGUAAAGAUGUGUCUGCGCUGUUUCCAGAUGUUUUAAAGAACAUUGCUACAUCAGAUUUAGAUCAGAAGAAGCUGGUAUAUCUGUAUUUAAUGAAUUAUGCCAAAUCGCAUCCAGACCUUUGUAUUCUAGCGGUCAAUACCUUCGUACAAGACUCCGAGGAUCCAAAUCCACUGGUACGAGCUCUUGCGAUUCGGACAAUGGGUUGUAUUCGGGUCGAUAAGAUGGUAGAUUAUAUGGAAGAACCACUACGGAAAACGUUAAGGGACGAAUCGCCCUAUGUACGAAAGACUGCGGCAAUCUGUGUUGCGAAAUUAUUCGACCUUAAUCCUACAAUGUGUCUCGAGAACGGUUUCCUGGAAACUCUACAGGAAUUGAUUGGAGAUCCCAAUCCUAUGGUGGUUGCCAAUUCAGUGACGGCGCUCGUGGAAAUUAAUGAGACUGCACCGGAGACAAAGGCUUUACGGAUCACAUCUGUGACAUUAAAGAAGAUGCUCAUGGCUUUGAAUGAGUGUACUGAAUGGGGAAGAGUCACAAUUUUGUCCACUUUGGCAGAUUAUCAGGCUUUGGAUGUUAGCGAGUCGGAACAUAUAUGUGAAAGAGUUUCUCCUCAAUUUCAACAUGUCAACCCAAGUGUUGUCUUGGCUGCUGUUAAGGUUGUCUUCCUGCACAUGAAGAAUGUCAACGCGGACUUAGGGAAGCAGUAUUUGAAAAAGAUGGCUCCACCACUUGUAACUCUUGUUGCUUCAGCCCCAGAAGUCCAAUAUGUUGCUUUGAGGAAUAUCGACCUUCUCUUGCAAGCGAAGCCAGACAUUCUCAGCAAAGAACUGAGGGUCUUCUUCUGCAAAUAUAAUGAUCCCCCAUAUGUUAAACUUCAGAAAUUGGAGAUUAUGGUACGGAUAGCAAAUGACAAGAAUGUUGAUCAAUUGUUAUCUGAGCUCAAAGAAUACGCACUUGAAGUCGAUAUGGACUUCGUUCGAAGAGCUGUCAAGGCUAUUGGUCAAGCAGCUAUAAAAAUUGAGAGCGCAAGCGAAAAGUGUGUCAACACAUUACUCGAUUUGAUUGCUACAAAGGUCAACUACGUGGUUCAAGAGGCUAUUGUGGUUAUUAAAGAUAUUUUCAGAAAGUAUCCAGGUUACGAAGGAAUCAUCCCGACCUUGUGCAAGUACAUUGACGAAUUAGAUGAGCCAAAUGCAAGAGGAGCUUUAAUUUGGAUUGUCGGCGAGUAUGCUGAGAAGAUCAGCAACGCAGAUGAAAUUCUUGCAGGAUUUGUUGAAGGGUUCAUGGAAGAAUUUACCCAAACUCAACUUCAAAUCCUGACAGCUGUCGUCAAGUUAUUUUUGAAGAAACCGGACAACAAUCAAGGUCUUGUUCAAAAGGUCUUGCAAGUAUCAACGGCCGAAAAUGAUAACCCUGAUAUAAGAGAUAGAGCUUAUGACAUCAUCCUUUCCGAAAAGCCACCCAUCACUACAACCAUGACAUCUCUUCCACCAGCUCUCCUCGAACAACUUUUAGGUGAACUCAGCACGCUUGCUUCUGUCUACCAUAAACCCCCUGAGACAUUCGUUGGCCAAGGUCGUUACGGCGCUGACGCCAUUCAACAUGCCGCUAUCCAGGAACAACGUCAAAAUGCUGUCGAAAACCCAAUUGCGGCGGCCGUUGCCGCAGCCGCAAAUGGUACUACUGCUCAAAAUAAUGCUGAGAAUCUCCUCGAUAUUGAUUUUGAUGGUGCGGCUCCAGCAAGUGCAGAUGCGCCUCCAACUGCGGGCACAAGUGGAUUGGAAGGAUUAGCAGGCACGCCUCAAAGAGUAGAUAGUCCAGCUGCGGGCGCAAGUGCAGGUGGUAAUAUGGCGGAUAUGAUGGGUUUAUUUGAUGCUCCUAUUCCUACUGCAGGCGGAAUGGGUGGCAUGGGUGGGAUGGGAAAUGAUAUGAUGAAUGGAUUCGCAGGGUUGGAUUUGAGUGGUUCUAGUCAACCACCUGGUGCACAGACACAGUUACAGCAGGGUGGUGGGAAAAAAACGACAGAGGAUCUUUUGGGAAUGUUUUAG